AUGAAAAGUGUUACGAAAAACAUCAAGAAUAAGACGAACAAAGAUGCAGCCAGAUUUUCACUUUGGAAUUUCUGGAUAGCAGCAUUAAUGUUAAAACUUUUAUUAAUACCGGAUUAUUUCAGUACGGAUUUUGAUGUUCAUAGAAAUUGGUUAGCUAUUACCAAUAAAUUACCUCUAAGAGAAUGGUAUUAUGAAAAUACAAGUCAAUGGACAUUAGAUUACCCACCAUUUUUUGCAUAUUUCGAAUGGUUUUUAUCCCAAUUUGUACCUAAAUUUGUUAAGGAAGAUGGAUGUUUGGAUAUUUUACCAGAGGGAGAAUUUGGUUGGAGUACAAUUGUUUUCCAACGAUUGACAGUGAUAAUUAGUGAAAUUUUAUUAUUUGUCGUAUUGCAAGUGUUUAUUAAUAAUAGUGGUUCUAAUGAAAAAACACAAAGUUUUGUUGUUGCAUCGAGUAUAAUUCUUUCACCAGGGUUUUUAAUGAUUGAUCAUAUCCAUUUCCAAUAUAAUGGGUUUUUAUUUGGGAUUUUGAUAGCGUCUAUUGUUGCAGCCAAAAAUAAACGGUAUUUGUUGUGUGGAUUGUUUUAUAGUAUUGCAUUAUGUUUUAAACAUAUUUUCUUAUAUUUGGCACCAUGUUAUUUUGUAUUUUUAUUAAGAGCUUAUGUUUUAAAUUUCCAAGAUUUCAAAUUCAAGAGUUAUAAAGAUUUAAUCCUUGUUGUUCAAUGGGGAAACCUUAUGAAAUUGGGGGGUAUUGUGGUUUGUGUUAUGGGAGUUUGUUUUGGACCAUUUUGGAGAGAUAUGAAUCAAUUAUUAAGUAGAUUAUUCCCAUUUUCUAGAGGACUUACUCAUGCGUAUUGGGCUCCUAAUUUCUGGGCAAUUUAUUCAUUUGUAGAUAAGAUGUUGAGUAUUUUAUUUGUUCGUGUUCCGUUUAAUAAAUUUAUAAAUUUGGAUAAGAUUGAAGAAAGAAAAAGAUGGAAUAAUGGUAGUAGAGGAUUAGUAGAGGAUGUUUUUUUCGUCAUCUUACCUCAAAUCCAACCUAAUUUGACAUUUGUCUUGACAUUAUUCUAUCAAGUCUUGGCAGUGGUUCCAGUACUUUUCGAUCCAUCUUUUAAACGGUUUAUUGGAUCAUUGACUUUAUGUGGGUUUGCAUCAUUUUUAUUUGGAUGGCAUGUUCAUGAAAAGGCGAUAUUAUUGGUUAUUAUCCCGUUUUCCUUUCUUGUGGUAUGUGAUCGUCGAUUAUUAUCAUCUUUCAUGCUUGUGGGGUCUGCAGGGUAUGUUUCUUUAUUCCCGUUACUUUUCAAGGGACAAGAUUUCUUAUUGAAAUGUUUAUAUUUGAUUGUUUGGUGUAUUAUUUAUUUUUUCGCAUUCCGUAAGACUAUUAAAUUAUCAUCUAGUGUGCAACGAAGAGUAUUUUUUUUGGAUCGAUUGACAAUAAUUUAUAUUUUUUCGUUGUUUUUGAUGGUAAUUCUAAUAGAAAUGAUUGAUUUGUUCAAGAAUCGGUUUGUAGUAUUACAAAAGUUUGAAUUUCUUGGAUUGAUGGUUUAUAGUGUGUAUUGUUCUUUGGGGAUUAUCAGUUCAUGGAUUGGGUUGUCAUGGUUGUAUAAUUUCGAUGAACCAUUGUGGAUGCCCAAAGGUGGUGUAUAA